AUCUUUCUCUUUCUCUUUUUAUCGCUUAUUCUUUUUAAAAGCUUCCAUUGAUUGAAGACAUUAUAUAAACUUUAUUUUGAUCCUUUUUGAAUCUAUCCAUGGAUUCAACAUGCACUUCAAAUGCUGUGAAAAAGGGUCGUCGUAACUAUAAAUGUAUAUAUGACCCAGAGUUGGAUACUCAAAGCGUAAAGAAAAGCAAGCAUCCUAUCCUUCAAUAUGAAGAUGAUGUUGUUCGUAAUUCACACAUUCUAUUCAAUCUUGUAUACUUACAUUACUUUUUUUUUGAUAGUCCAUGUCAAUAUUGCCAUUACAAGAUCCUCGUAUUGAUAAAACACAUUAUGAAAGAAACUUCUCAAGCGGUAAAUUUGCGUAUAAAAAGCGACUUUACAUUGUUGAGCAUAAAUUUGAUCAACACUCUGUUGGACCAAAGCCUUUAACUAAAGUAUUGGUUUCCCAACUGUCUCCUUUGAUGACUGAAACCCAAAUCAUGACCUUCUUUUCAGUCUAUGGCCAAGUUUCUCUGGUUGAAAUCGAAAAAUGUCCAACCACAGGCGGAUCUUUGGGAAUUGCCCAUGUCCAUUUUGAAAAUGACGCCAAUCAGAAUGGCCAUACUUGUGCUUGUCAAGCAAUUGAAAAGGGAAAUGGAAGGAAAAUGGGGUCUGCUGAAGGUGUCAAAGUAUGUUUUGACGCAACAGGUAAAUAUCAAACAAAGUGUUGGCUUUUCUUGUGUGUAUAUUGAUGAGUUGAUACAUAGGAGAAAAAUUAAAAGCAGCUAUCAUGGAGGCAACAGGUGCCCAAUCUUCGGAUAAGCAGAGUCAUGAUGAACGACAGCAUACUCCAACACAUUAUA